UGGUAUCGGGAUAUCUUGAAACUUGAAAGUUACAGGUCAGCGAUUGAGACCGCUUCCAGAUAUGUAUUUUCUAGAGAGGACCGCCGUCAGUCUACCGUUCACAAUUCGUGUCACUGCGAGAGGUAAGAUGGCUAUUAAAGUAAUGCCUCGCACAUACUAUCUUUUCAUUUCUAUUUCUGCUUUACAACCUUUAAAGUUCUUUCAAGCAAUACAGUUUCCAAUCAACAUGUCGCAAGCCAAUGGACCCGUUUGUACUUGUCGCAAAUUUGGUAAACCCCUCCUGCAGCUUCAACAUACGUCUCUGUAUUCUGAAUAUCCCCAAAGUCGACAAGACACCUUUAAUGAAGAUUCAUCAUCACACUCCAUUCCUGCCUCACCCAUCUGCAAAAGCAGGUUCCGUUAUCACAGUGAAUUAGCUCGAGGUCUUGAUUAUGCUGGUUGCUUUACACAACAACGUUGUACGUGCGGGAGUGACAAUGAAGACAUGAGGGAGCAUGGUAUGAAGCCGUACCUCACAUCGAUGUGCCUGCAAUACUAAUUUCUAUGGAUCAAUAGAGGAAGAUGGCGUCGAAGAAGUCCAAGUACUAUCUUUCACAUCCCCAGAAAUUAGUAGAAUGUCGAUCAAUCUCGAUAUUGGACUGAAGUACAUGGAUUUUGAGCUUUAUGGUUCCCAGUUCGAGGAAUGCGAAAGUUAUCACGAUGUCUGCAUUACCGCACCUACAUCAAGUGACAGUUCAAAGGUUGUCGGUCUGGAUGAUUACAAUAGCUCUGAUGCAUGUGAUACACCAAGAAGUUCUGAAAUGACCUUGGCUCAAGGGGAUUUCUGCUUGCCUCCUCCAAACUCUCCUACUAGCUCUUGGAACAUGAGCGAUCGGUCCAUAAUUUCACUCCCCACAGUCUACCCAGGUGACUAUUUCGAAGCUUGGGAUCCCGAUGAGUUAUCUGGUGUUGGUGAGUGGAUGUGUGGAACGAUGAGCAAGCAGGAUGAUCUCGGCGGGGAAAUAGAGCUUUAUCGGAACAAGGACGAAAAUACCGCCCCCCAAUCAAGUCUGGAAAUUGGUCAAGCAUUGGAUACUUUUGCAAUCAGUUUUUAUGGUGUCUAAUGACGGGGUUUAGAAAGGAGGCAGAUAAAUACUUAUGAGGCUGGAACUUAUCGUACUGAGCAUGAACACGAUACUCGAGUAAUACGUAGAAGAAAUACAAUAAGUCCGAUGAGUAUUUGUAAGCAACAUCUCCCUCAUUACGACUACGUAAUGCCGUCAUGCAGCUAAAGUUGCUUAUAGAUAUUUCAGUCGAUUUCGAUCCGCUCCGGGACCGAGAUCACGUGCCUAACCAAUUGCUUACCAAUACUUCCUUUUGGGCCACUUUUCCCCACCAAAAAUAA